AUGGUUAUUUUAAAGUUUGCUACAUCUGAAAACAGUUUGAGUAGGGAUGAUUUAGUUAAAUUAGAAUUUAAGAAAAAGUAUUUAUUUAUCUAUUUUAAAAAUUAAACAGUCUUAAAACUCUCAUACGCAGAUUAAAAGUACGAUUGCAGCAACGGAUAACAGUUUUUGUAUGGCUUUAAUCCUAAAUUUAGUAAUUGCUUACUUAAUUAUUAAAGCCCUUCUUAGCAAUCUGAUAUAGACAGUGUCAAAUAAUAUUUAUCAGAGAUGAAUUGCUUAUUUACAUUUCCUCUAUUACAUAGCUAAUACUUAUCUGGAAGUAACUGUAUUUCUAAUAAUAAUAUAACAAUACAAUAUACUCCUAAUCCGUAAAAGAAAUAUAUAUAUUCCUUUUCGUUUACGUAUACUUAUUAUACAAAUAUUUCUACUACCAUUAAUGUAUAAUCGAAUGUUGAAAUAAAUAACGUCAAUUAUCAAGGAUCUACUAGUUCUUUUUAUUUCGUAAACUAGGAUUAUGCUUUUAAUGAAAAUGCUGUGAAAUAAUUCUCUUAGAAUAUUGAUAGUUUAACAAUAAAAUUAGCACCAUUAAAUUUGAAUUCUGGGUAAUAAUAUCAAGUUUAUUUUCGAUUUUUGACACUAGUUGUAUAAUUGUGUCAAAUAAAUUGUGACAAAUGUGAUUAUAAUUAAGUAUGCUUAUAAUGUUCUUCUGGAUUUUAUUAUUAGUAAGCUACAAGCUAGUGUGUAAAUUCUUGUAAUAAUAACUAAUUUCCAGACUAAUAGAUGUAAUGCUAAUUAUGUAAUAAUAACUGUGCAAGUUGUGAUGGUCCUAGCUCAAAUAAUUGCUUGUCAUGUAAACCUGGUUUAUACUAUGAUUAAACCACAAGAACAUGUUUUUGUGAUCCAGCCUGCAAAACUUGUGAUGGUAAAAAUUCAAAUAAUUGUCUAUCUUGUUACUCUGGUUUGUAUUUUUCGUAAGCUACAAAGCAGUGUGUAAAAUUUUGUAAUAAAAACGAAUUUCUAAACGUAUAGUUGCAAUAAUGCUAAUUAUGUAAUAGUAGUUGUGCAACUUGUGAUGGAAAGGACUCAAAUAAUUGUUUAAGUUGCUACCCUAACACCUUUCUAUACAGCAAAAAUUGUGUUAUCCUUUGUCCAAAUGGGUUUUAAAGUAAUCUUAAUUCUCUCAAAUGUGAUUCAUGCUAAAACUAUUGGAGCCUGUAAUGCAAUCCUUGUCAUCCCAGCUGCAAACAAUGUGAUAAAUCAUAGAUUUUAAAUUAAUAAUGUAAUACUUGCUAUGAUAAUACAAGAUAAUUAGACGUUUCUACUAAUAUAUGCGUUUGCAAAAACUAAAAUGAUUAAAGGAAUAUAUUUUAUUAAUGCAGCUAUCAAAAUAUUGCUGUAAUUGAUGCAAGAUUAAGUGCAACAUCACCAAAACUUACUAUUGAUUUAGGAUCUCCAUUAAUGAAUAUCAUAUCAGAUACACCUUAGUCUUUGUGCUAACAGAUAUUUGACAAAGCAUCUUAAAACAUGCUGGGGUUAGAUUCUUCAUGCGAAAUUAGUGGGAAUCAAAUUUUGGUCAGCUUAAGCAGCUCAUCAACAAUAAUGGAAAAUAAUUCUAUAACCCUUUUGCCAAAUAAGUUGCAGUUUAUAGAUUAUAGUGCCAAUUAAAUUAAUAUUUUUUAUAGAAAUAUCAUUUUCUAAGAGCCACCUGGCAUUCCUUAACUUUAAUUUAGCUAUAAUCACAUAGAAAACAGCUGUAACUCAAUCAAUAUAACUCUUUAUAAUAUUUAGAAUGAUGCAGGAAGAAAAAUUAUGAGUCUAAAUUGGACUUUAAAUCAAAUUGUAGGUCCCAUAAGCAGCGAACAGUAAGGAAGUAUAAAGGAGAUAUUGUUAAAAGCAAGCUAAAACAAAAGCACUAGUUUAAUCAUAGAUCCUAAAUUCAUACCUCCAAAUAUUAAUAUAACUAUAUAAUUUAGUUAUUUACUUAAGGUUAACUCAACUGGUACUUAAAUGUUCACCAUUAUUUAUCAAAAAUAAAAAUUUAUAAGAGUCAACUAUUAGCAAAAUAUAUACCCACCAAUUUAUAGAUCUAUGAGCUUGAGUUUCUACUUCUAGUUUUACAUUGAGACAUGUGAGUUAGGCCAAAUAACUAAUUUUGUUGAACCUAUUGAUUUAUAACUAUUUUCUAACCAACUUUAAAAUCAAAGCCUAAGUCAAUAUAAUUAAUCAAGCUUUCAAUAUGAUAUUCUCCCUUAUACUUUAGCAUCUAAUUAAACCUUUAAUAUGAGCCUGAUUUUAAAUUUGAGUUCAGAUAGUAAGAUUGCUGCCAUCCAAAAUAUAUCAGUUAAUAUUUAAAUCACAGAUUUAUAUUUGCAAAUUAUCGGAGGCUCUACUCUUAAUUUAGGAUAUCAAAAUAAAACGGUCUUAAGUACAGAUUCGAGGGAUUAUGAAAUUUAAGAUCAAAAUUCCCCUUCAAAUAUAAACUUUAGUUGGAAGUGUACUAGUCUAAUUUCUAAUGACCUUAUUUGCUAUGAUUACUAGAAUAAGUAGAUCUAAUUGUAGCAAGGAGCCAGUAGUAUUACAUUUCCUGGUAAAACUUUCUAGCCAUACACAAUAAUUUAGUUAACUGUUGUUGGAUAAAAAGAUUCUAGGAAAUCAAAUUUCACUACUACUUGUAUAUUCACAGAAUUAGAUAUUCCUCCACUAAAUAUUGUAUAAACUGCAACGAGCAUAAAGAAAAAAAUUAAUUUGAAUGAUGAUCUUAAUUUUUAAAUAAUUUAUGGUGAAAUUUUUUCGUCAGAUUAUUUGUCCUAUGCAGGAGCUAUAUUAUAUGAUAAUAAUCCAGUUGCAGCUAUCAGAUUUGAUUAUUUUCAAAUUAGAUUCAGAAUUUGGAACUAUUUUUAAAAAAUAGAUCCCUUAAGGCCAACACUUUAAAUAAGAUUUUCUGUGUAUAAUCCAUUAUUUGUUAUGCCAAGCUCAUCAAUAAUUAACAUCUAAAUUAAUAUUCCCCCUCAGAAUUGCGUUUUAAAUAUAAAUCCCUUAUAAGGUAUAGCCCUCGAGACUAUCUUCUAAAUUUAAUUCUUGAAUUGUAAAGACGAAGAUCUUCCUCUUACUUACUAGUUCUUCUACUACAACAAUGCAGAUGAUGCUGAUCAAGAAUUAGUUUCUCCAUGGAAUAUAUUAAGAAGAUAAAUAUAAGAUUAAACUAUAAACAACUCAAUUUAAACAAUACUACCUACAGGAAAUCUAGUUGUUAUGGUGCAAGUUAUGGAUUCUUACCUAGGAGUAUAUAAUACCUCUUCUAUAAUAUAGGUUCAAGCUUAGAAUAAAUCAGCUGAUGAAUAUUAUAAACUUGUAAAUCAACUCACUUCAUAAGCUUUAUAGAAUAAUUAAGUCACUAACUAACUAGUGACUUUAAGCAUAAUAGCAGAAGAUAUCAGUAAAAACAAUUAACUUUCAUAACAAUUUAAUGAUUUGGUUAGUCUACUGAUUUAAAAUUUAUAGCAAUUGUCUUUCUAAAUACCUAAAUUAUCCCUUUUAUCUACAUUUGCGAACAAGGUAACUGCUUAGUUAUCCUAACUACUAUUUAACUCAUCUUAAUAAAACAAUGUUGCUGCAUAGAAAAACCAAAUAUUUGAUUAGCUGUAAACAAUACUCCAAAAUACUAAUUCAAGCAUUCAAAGUAGUAAUCUUAGUCAUUUACAAUAAAAUAACGAUAUUCAAAUUCAAAAUGUAGUAGAUUCUUUUAAAAUUUUAAACUCAAGUGUUACCUUGCAUACUAAUAACUCAUAGGAAGAUAUUUAAUCCUACGAUAAAAUAUCAAGUUAGAUUGGAAAUCUGCUUAAUAAUAUAAGUUUACCAAACUAAGGACAAAUUACACUAAAUGGUCACUUUUCAACUCUUUUGUCAGAUAAAGUAACAUAGAAAAACUUAUUCAAAUAUGUUCUAACUGUAGAUGACAACAAUUAAGUAAAUUAAACUAGCAUAUUUAGUAUCUCAAGAAAUAAUUAUAAACAAAAUAUUUAUCAAAAUACUUCAGAAUUUUAAGCAUACACAUAGCAAUUCAAAAAUAUUAGUUAAAAUUUCACUUACUCUAUGAAUGAAGUAAUAUCACCAUAGAUUUAUAAUUCUUCUUCUUAAGUAACCUUAAACCAGUCUACUAUUGUCUACUAGUUCAAUAAUACAAAUUCUAGUAAAUUAUAUAAUAUGACAUGCCUCUAAUAAAAUAAUCUUUCAUGGAGCAAAUAAAAUUGUAAUAUAAAUAAAAUUACUUAAAAUAAUUACAUUUGCUUGUGUGGAUCCUAAAAACCAACAACUAUCAUUGAAGAUAUUGAUGACUUGUUCUUAAAAAAUAAAAAUCUGUAGACAGCAUUUGGAGAAUAGGGGCUAUUAAAUAUAGCAAGCUUUGACAACUUUUAUAUGUAUACAAAUACUCAGUAAAAUUACGAUACUAAAAAGUUCAUAAUCAAGAACUAAAUAACUAAUAGUAAAAUGAAUAAUUAUAAGAAUAAACAUAACAAUAAUAAUAAUAAUAAUAAUAAAUUGAUGAAAAUAACUAAAAUAUUUGUGAAAGUUCUUAAAUGA